GACCCGACUGCCGCGUGCCCGGACCUGCUGAGCUGCCGCCGCCGCCGAGUCCAGCUUACAGUUACUUUGACAAAGGCAAAUUUGGAAGCAGUUCCUCGAGGACAGUUUGGAUAACACCUGGAUAAUCAAAACAGGCACCAUGAAGCACUUCCUACGAAUGUUGAUCCAGGUGUGCCUGUAUUUUUACUGUAAAUUUUUGUGGCGCUGCCUGAAAUUUGUAAUGAGAAAGCUGACUGGGAGAUGUGAACUGCAGCGGAUCUGUUACAGUACCAAGCCUGGGGCCUCCAGAACCAUGAAAAUCGAGACAUCACUGAGGGAUUCAAAAAGUAAGCUGUUGCAGACUUCAGUGAGCGUUCACUCCGACGCUAUCGAGAAAACCAUAGAAGACAUCAUGGAACUGAAAAAAAUUAACCCCGACGUAAAUCCACAGUUGGGAAUCUCUCUUCAGGCUUGCCUUCUGCAGAUCGUCGGGUACAGAAAUCUUAUUGCAGACGUGGAAAAACUGCGCAGAGAACCGUAUGAUUCUGAUAAUCCCCAACAUGAAGAAAUGCUUCUGAAGUUGUGGAAGUUCCUGAAGCCCAAUACUCCACUGGAGUCCCGGAUUUCUAAGCAGUGGUGUGAAAUCGGUUUCCAAGGUGAUGAUCCUAAAACAGAUUUUCGAGGAAUGGGACUUUUGGGACUGUACAAUUUGCAGUAUUUUGCGGAACGGGAUCCUGCAGCAGCGCAGCAGGUCCUCUCUGAUUCUCUUCAUCCGAAAUGCAGCAAAUUCAGCAAAGCAGAAUGGGAGAAGAAAAGGAUGGAGAAAGCAAUUGGGUACUCAUUUGCAAUUGUGGGCAUCAAUAUAACUGACCUGGCGUAUAACCUACUGGUGAGCGGAGCUCUGAAAACUCAUUUCUACAACAUCGCCCCAGAAGCUCCAACAUUGUCUCACUUCCAGCAGACGUUCUGCUAUUUGAUGCACGAGUUCCAUAAGUUUUGGAUUGAAGAGGACCCCAUGGACAUAAUGGAAUUUAAUCGUGUGCGAGAGAAAUUCCGCAAGAGAAUCAUAAAACAGCUGCAGAACCCAGACAUGGCGCUGUGCCCACACUUUGCUGCCUCAGAAGGUCUGAUCAACAUGUAGUCGCCCACACUGGUUUUACUGGAUACCCUGGAACACUGCCUCAUUAUUGUGUUAGCGCUCUGCUUAGGUCCCAGCUCACACACCGAAUGCACACAGUGAUUGUAUGCAUGCCUGUUGGUACAGUAUUUUCAUAUCUUGGUCGUAAUUACCAGAUCCCCAGGAUACCACAAUUUCUGGAGUAUCUGUCAUCCAUUGACUGCUCAUACUGUGGCAUUAUGCAGUGUUACAUCUUGCCUUGACGCCCGGGUAUGGAGAGAGUUUUCUAUUUUUUUAGAUUGUUUUCCUCUCCCUCAUAAUUCAGCAUUGAAGAAUUGUGUUUCUCUAGCUGUAUUUUGUAUGUAAAAAAUUUAGCUGACCCUUGUUCUGUGAAAGCCUUUUAAUUUAUUGAUACGUUUCGUGACUACGGCUGCUAGCCCUCAAGCCAGGUCCAUGCUUGGAUCUCAUUCCAGUAAAGUAGAAGACUUUCAAAUAAUACAGACAGACACAUGAUAAGCCAAAUCAUUCCUGCAAACACAGCUGCGCUUCUUGAAAAUGUAACGAGGCUUACAAGAAGCAAAUUUAGGUAGGUGCUGUUUUUAUUUGAAGUACCACAGAAUUCUGUUGUAACUUACCCACGGUCGCCAUUGUGCGUAAUCACCUGGACAUCCAAUUAUUUUAUUCCCAUAAUUUUACUCGCUUGGGUGCCUAAAUAUGUUGAUGAUGCUGGAGCCUCAAAAAAAGAAGUAUGCAUACGGUGAAGGCUGCAAGAGCUUUUCCACUGCCUGCCCGUUGCUGAACGCAGAGUUACACCCUGGCACCGUUCUCAUCCAGGCAUCUUUGCUCGGGGCACAGUGCUGGCUGGUUUGCCGUCUCUGUCAAGAGAUGAUAUCGAAAAACAAUUUGCAAGAAAAUGUGUUGCAAGAGAGGAACCUGAGCUAUGUCAUUCUGUAAUAUUUCUUGAAAAUAAUGACCUUGUCUUGUAUCAGUGGAAGAAGUAAAUUGCUUGGAUGAGGGACAAAAUCAAAUCAUUUCAAAACUGCUGAAAAUCAUUUUAAAAAACCAUGACUUCGUUUGGAAUUAUGAUUGUAGUCUGUUGAAUAGUAUUUACCAUGGCAUUUCAUACCCAUGGUAUUUUAUACCUUCUAUCAAUUUUAGUAUUAUUAGACGUUUGUGUAAUCAUUUGCUUAUUUAAAUUAAUUUUGAGUACUGCCUGUCAGUUAUGAAUAAAUUACAUGUCAUUCUACUGUAA